GGACCUGGGGCCGCCGUGGGUAGGUGGAGCGUGGACGUUGCCGGCCAUGCGGGGCCGGUGUGCAGCCGCCGUGAGGUACCUGCCGUACUUCUGCCGUGGGGAGGUGGUGAAGGGCUUCGGCAGGGGCUCCAGAGAGCUCGGCGUGCCCACCGCUAACUUUUCUGAGCAAGUAGUCGAAAGCUUUCCAUCCGAUAUCCCUACUGGUAUAUACUAUGGAUGGGCCUCUGUUGGAAAUGGAGAUGUGCAUAAAAUGGUUUUGAGCAUAGGAUGGAAUCCUUUCUAUAAGAAUAUUAAGAAAUCAGUGGAAACACACAUUAUCAACACGUUCAAGGAAGACUUCUAUGGAGAAAUUCUUAGUAUAGUCAUUACUGGAUAUAUUCGAUCAGAAAAAAACUUUAAUUCUUUAGAGACACUUGUUUCAGCAAUUCGGGAGGACAUUGAAGAGGCAAAAAGACAACUCGAUUUACCAGAGCACCUUAAACUCAAAGACAACUUCUUUGAUCUACCAGAAGGGAAAAUAGUAAACCACUGAGCGGAACCACUUUUUUUUUCCUUGUUAUGGAUCUCUUCUUGGCCUAGUUAUGUAUCAUAUAUAAUUUGAUACAACUUAGACUUGUGUUGUGGAUCUGUCUGAAAUCAAGUUAAUUCUCUUCACAGGAGCUCUUCUGGCGCUGUGUUUUAGAUUUGUGACCUAACGUCCUAAUGUUUUAUCUGUUCCCCAACAGUGUUUGCAAAGUGUCAAGGCCUUUUCUAUUUCUUAUUCUGACCCGAGUGCAUCCACUGGGGCUGUGCAAGAGGUCAGGAGGGGACACAGCCACGCAGGUGAUGUGAAGUAACUAAAGAGAUGUUCUGUGCCACGUAGUGCCAUGCUCUGCAAUAAAAUGGAAGGGGAGUGUGGUUCAGGUUGGUUAGCCAUCUUUGCUUGGGUAACAGGUGGGCAUUGGUCUACCCGUGCAAGAUGGUGAGUAAUAAACAUUUUUCUCUUAUCCCACUACUUUGCUUGUUAAAUUAUCUUCACCCAUUAGCUUUCCUACUUUUCCUUUCUUCUUUCCUUUCCCACUGGGAGUGAGUGGGACUGAGUGAGCGGUGCUUAACUGCCUACCAGGGUUAAUCCACAACUGUUUGUUUGCGUGACUGUGAUUGGAACUGAGCACUGAAGCGGCACAUUGUGAUUUAAGUUCUCUUGUGUUGACUGGUCAUGAAACAAGGCAUGCAAAAGGAGGAUAAAGCUAUUUUAGGUCCUUAUAGAUAAAAUACAAAUCCUUUUCAUACCAAUUAUAUAAAGAUUUUAACACGUGUGGAACAUGACCAGAGUAAACUAAUUGCCAAGUUUUAUGUCAUCACAUCUGACAUAUCUAGCAGCUUAGAAUAAAUGAGUCAAAAGUUGACCUGUCAUGCACGAAGCCAAAGAUUGAAUAACAGUAAAAGGAAUAAUUCACUGUAAUUCUUAAUUUUGAUUGCAAUUAUUUAUUAGUCUUAAUUGAAAUUAAGGAAGUCUCUUUUACUUACUGAGUUACUGGAAUAGGAAUACUUCUGUCUAGUUGACUGUACAUACAACAGCAUGUAACACAUGCAGCUUCCUUCUAAGGAGAUGUUUCUCUAAAGUUCAAGAAAUGAAUGAUGAGGAGAAAGCUAAUAUAUAUCAAAGUUUUAGGCUCAAAGGAUAAGGAGCCGGUCUUAGCAAUAUUUCUAAGGCAGAGAAAAUAACAAAACAACUUUGCAUUUCAGUUGCUGCUGGCAGCUGCCUUAGAUAAGAGCCUUUGGAUUAAUCAUUAUACUGACAAUGAAAUGACUCAGUAAAAUGUUGAAUUUAGAAUCUAAAGCACGAAAGUCCCUUCAAGUGUCUGCACAAAGUAUGGGCAUAAUCCAGACUUUUCACUGUAGAUCAGUGAAAGUCUUCAGAAGUUUUUAGAAUAAUGUAUCUUUAUUAAGUACGGAGUUUUUUUAAUGUAGAAGUUACUGUGGCCUUUUCUACUCUGAAAUGAUUACACAGGUGCUGCAAAAAUUCAUGAUAACUUGGAAAAGAUCUGUUAAAAUAUAAAUACAGGUGGUUGCAUGUACUAUAUACUUGGAAGUCUGUGCUUCUAAAUCUACUCCCCCUGCUCUGUGACACAAUUUUCUGAAUUUCCUCCUAGUCUCCUCCUAUUUUAAUCUCUUGUUUCACUCUAGCAGUUUAAAAAGCUUGGACAAAAAACAAACAAACAAAAAACAACAACAAAAAAACAAAGGGAUAUUUUUUGGAAAAGGCACUGAACAAGUCAAGGAAUCUUUAUUGCUGCAUAGAACUUUAGCAGAACUCAUUGAAAGGAAUUGCUCAUCAUUCCUGGUGAUGGCAAGAAAGCAGAGAUACAGUUCUUGAGGGAGGAAAGAGUGAUUUCUAAAUAACUUGCUGCACUAAACUGUGUUUUUGCCUUUAAUGCUAAGGUUGUUUACAAAUAUAACUCUCCAGAGACACUGACAGUUUUGUCUUCUCUGUUAUCUGAUAUUUUCAGCACGCUUUAAUCUUAGUAAGAAAACAUUUUUAAAAAAUUAUUUGCUGUAUGAAGGGAAAAAAAGAAAAAAACAGUUUAAUAGACUUUAAUUGAUUGCAUGUUGGAAAUGUAUGAGAAUUAUCUGGAAAGUAGUAGCUCUUUCUUUUCCUCUUUAAAAUAGAGAGAUGAUGAGGGGAUAUUUUCACCUUUUUUUUUUUCCUUCUUUUUUUUUUCCUCUCUUUUUUUCCCAAGGGAUACAUUCUUGAGUUUGUAACAAUGCGAGGUUCUUGUUCCAUAUUUUAUACUUCUGGAGGAACUAAGAAGCCAUGCUAGUCAGUGAAGUCUGUUGUAAAGAAAGUGUUUGAAGAAUAAAUCUUUUUUCACUGUAGUAUAUAUGUCUAAGCUUUUUUUUUUUUUUUUUUUUUUCCCUCCAUGGAAUUCAUGUGUCAGUUGUGAAAACCUGGUGCCUUAAGCUGAUUGUCUCAGUAAUGCUAUUCUGUGACUACUAGUGAAUGCUACUGUACAAAAAUCUGUUCAUUGCUGCUUUCAGAACAGCUGUGCUUGAUGAUAGAAAGCAGUAGCAAAGGGAAAAUUUGGAAAACUUAGUUUGCUCACAGCUUUAACCUAAAGUAAGAAGAAUGUUAACAGUAAAACAAUAAACUCUAUGUGUUUGUCUUCAUGUUAGGGGAGAUGUAAUUGCAUUCAUUUGGUUGAGUGUACCUAUUUGUGUGUUAUUUAAAAUCAGAUAUUUUAUAUAAUUUUUCUAAGUUCAAUACACGAUCCCUAGUACAGUAUAAAAUUUAUGACGUGUUCUAUUUUUGUAUUAUGUGCAAAUAACUUUACCUUGUUGUGGUACUGUACUAUUAAUAAAAGAAUGUAAUUAAAAACA